AAAAUCCCAUUCCAGUGCAUAAAUCCUAAGAAAGCACAGAAGAAGGGGAACAAAUACAAGAAUUCAGGGACAGUGGAGUUGAUGAGUUGUAGGAUAGAGAAAGUCUAUUCUUUCUUGGAUUAUGUGAGAGGAGGGACCCAGCUACACUGUACAUUUGCUGUAGAUUUUACUGCCUCUAACGGAGAUCCCAAAUCCCCGUCUUCCCUUCACUACAUGAAUCCCUAUAGACCUAAUCCCUACGCCAACGCUCUCCGAGCUGUCGGAACUAUCAUACAGGACUACGACACAGACAAGUUAUUUCCUGCUCUGGGAUUUGGUGCUAGACUUCCUCCUGAUGGAGUUGUUUCCCACGAAUUUGCUCUGAAUGGGAAUCCAAACAACCCAUACUGUCAGGGAAUUGAUGGAGUUUUAGAUGCUUACAAUAAAGCCAUUCAGUCUGUACAACUGUACGGUCCCACUAACUUUGCUCCUUGUAUCAACCACGUGGCUAAAUUUGCUGCACAGAAGCGGGACGGGAAUGAUUACUUCAUCCUCCUUAUAAUCACGGACGGAAUCAUCACAGACAUGCCACAGACGUGCGAGGCUAUUGUUAAUGCUGCCUCUCUUCCUCUGUCUAUCAUCAUUGUUGGUGUUGGUGAUGCAGACUUUGAAGCUAUGGAUAUCUUGGAUGGAGAUGAUGUGAGAUUGUCUUCACGUGGUCGCUACGCAGAAAGAGACAUUGUACAGUUUGUUCCAAUGAGAGAUUUCCAGGGACGGGCGGGAGAAAAUCCAGCUACAGUCCAAGCCAUGUUAGCAAAGGAAGUCUUGGAGGAAAUUCCGGACCAGUUUCUGUCGUACAUGAAAUCUCGGAACAUUAAACCCAAACCUCCUCUCCAAAGACAACUCACCAUUUCAUCUGUGUCUUCCUUGCCUAUUACAGAGCAGUGAUCUGCAUAAAAAACUGAGUGAAAAAACUAUACAUAACUGUAUAAAUAUGGACAUAUGUUUUUAUGUUUUGUAAAGUAGAUUAGCAUUAAUAGUUAGUGAAUUUUGACAAACUAAAAAUACAGUAGGGCUUGUUUAUCUUGAAUAUCUUGAACACUGAAACCUUGAAUAUCAGGGACAUGUUGAAGUGAUUUGGCAGUCCCACCCAUAUUUUCUGUACAUUUUUUACCUUGCUAUCAGGAAUUCUUUGCUUUCUCUCAGUUUAAUCUUGGUGCAGUUGAGUUUGAGAUAAAGAAGUUUGACUGUAUAUGUGUAAAAUGGAUGCAUUUCCAUAAUUAUAUAAUCAAGUUUAAGUAUUAACUGAAUAUAUGUAAUUAAAUAUUUGUACCUCUUUAAUUACCUCCGAUUUUCAAUAUAAAUGUUAUCAUGUACUGUAUUUACAGUUUACAUUCUAUUGUUAAAUAAUAUCUUUUUUGUGUCAUUCCUUUGUUCAGAAAUUUUUUUUUGUAUUUUAUCCCUUUUAUCUUACAUAGCCUACAUCCAUCUCCUUGUUCCACCUGUUCUAUGGGUCAAGUAUAACAUAUAGUUAAUGUAGAAAUUCAUUUGGCGAAAUAUUAUAAUAAGUUAUUUUUUUGCAUGAAUUGGGUUUUCAUAUUUGUUUGAUUUCUCUGUAUGUAAUUUAUAAUACAGCAAUAAGAAUAUUCAGGAAUCACGAAUAUAUCUCUUCACAUUUUAUGUAAUCUAUAUUAAUAACGAACAAAGCAAUAUAUAUUUUCACUGACUAUGAAUAAAAAAACUGUCUAUUUACAUUCCAUUUAUGUGGAUUGCUAAAUGUUUCUUUUUGUUUAUGUCUAACACAUGAAAGAAAAAGGACAUAAUCAAGUAGAUAUUUGUAAAAUAUUAUUAUUUAUCAUGUACAGAAGUAUGUUGCAUUGUUAAAUGUAGGUUAUUGUUAUUAUUUAAUAUAUACCCUGUAGUGCAUAGCUAAUUACUGGUGCUUAGCCUUAUGACUUUGUACAUUUAAUUAUUUAGCAAAAUUGGUAUGAAGUGCUUUUUGUAUACCUACAUGUAUUUUUCUCCAUGUCAUUGAUAUUAUAUGAUCUAAUUUUUGACUUUGUUUAUCACAUAUACAAUAACACAUUUUAAAUUGAAC